AUGGCCAUAUGGAAAACCUCUAAGAAAGAUGGUGGAAGCCUUUCUCAACGAUUACGACGCCAGACGAAUUCAACAUUUAACGAAAUUGCCUUCCAUCGACUCCGUACACGUCCAUACUCUACAGCCCACUCGCAGCAAAAUCCUGGCCCAAGUGAACGACACGAGAACAACUCCCAUGAACCCUCUUAUGAUGACAACCCAGAUGAUUGGCAAGAUAACAAUGAUCAUUCAGAUGACUCCGUGGAUGAUGAACACAUCAACUGGAUAACUCUGCCUCCCGAGGAUGAAAGUGAACAGAUCAAUGGAGAAAUCGAAUCGGCUCGGGAGCGUUAUCGAAUACUAGCGAAAGACUACAACUGGAUUGCCUUGAUCAAACAGAUGCAUCCCCAGUACAUCAUUCUGCAACUCCACACAAAGAACUGGGCUGCUUCUAACGCUUACCAAACAUUCAACGCUCAAUGUGGCAAAAACGCACCAAGACAGACUUUUGUCAUUGUCAGCUUGAUGCGGUUCGGCUCUUGA